CAUUUCAUUCGGAUCAGAGCAUUGAGUGAAACGGCCUUUCUCUAUUAAAAAUCAAAUAAAAAGAAAAUAACAAGAAAUAAAAGAUAGUCGAGCUUUGUUUUCAUACUUUUAUGGUUUUUGCAGUCAAUUAUUUCAGUAUUACCUGCGAAUAUGUCUGUCCUCGUUGACAAACCCCAGCAAGCGGAAGAGCCCAAGAUGGAAUCAAAAGGAGUAUUCGAAGCUCCGCAAGUCAAUGCCUUCGGCCAAACAUUUAGGGACUACACUAAUGUCGAGAGCGAAAGGCAGAAGUCGGUCGAGGAAUUCUACCGGCAGAAUCAUAUUAACCAAACAGUAGACUUCGUGAAGAAGAUGAUAGAACAAUACAGCAAAUUGGACAAGACCGAAAUGAGCAUAUGGGAAUGCUGUGAGCUUUUGAACCAAGUCGUGGACGACAGUGAUCCUGAUUUGGAUGAACCCCAGAUUCAACACUUGCUCCAAAGUGCUGAGGCUGCCAGGAAAGACUAUCCUAAUGAAGAUUGGCUGCAUUUGACCGCCCUAAUUCAUGAUCUUGGGAAAGUGCUUUGUCUCCCUAGCUUUGGGCAGCUCCCUCAAUGGGCUGUCGUUGGUGAUACAUUUCCUGUCGGUUGUGCUUUCGAUGAAUCCAUUGUUCAUCAUAAGUAUUUCAAGGACAAUUCUGAUUUUAACAACCCUGCUUACAACACUAAGAAUGGGAUCUAUCAAGAAGGAUGUGGACUUGACAAGGUUCUCAUGUCAUGGGGCCACGACGAAUACAUGUACUUGGUGGCUAAGAAAAACGGAACAACUCUACCUUCAGCUGCAAUGUUCAUCAUCCGUUUCCACUCAUUUUAUCCUAUGCACAAGGCUGGAGCUUACACACACUUGAUGAAUGACGAGGAUAAGCAAAAUCUUGAAUGGCUGAAGAAAUUCAACAAGUAUGAUCUGUACAGUAAGAGCAAAGUUAGAAUUGAUGUUGAUAAAGUGAAACCAUACUAUAUCUCCCUCAUUGAGAAGUACUUUCCCGCAAAGCUCAAAUGGUAAAUUUCUCACAAAGUGGUGUGAAGUUAUAUAUAUUAGGUGAAGGACUGCUAACAUUUAGAUAUAGAGUGUAAAUAAAUGAACUACAACAUGAGAGUUCUUCUUUAAUGCUCUUAUUUCUUAGUUUGUUUGUUUUUUUUUACAGUCAUUUAUCUUUCUAGUUUUUGGAGGUUACGGCCUCAAGAUGCACUUAAUGUAUCUGAAUUUGUAUAUUGUUCAUAUAAAUAAAGUAAAUUUUGUCAGA